UGCGAUGAUUGCGAUAUGUGGAGCCACUUUGCUUGUGUGGGCGUCACUCAGGAAGUCGAAAAUCAAAGCUGGGUUUGUCACAAAUGCCAAACUGCCAAGGACACCCAGCAACACUCGACAACGAGUCAUCGAAGAGGAUUGGUCAGCCUCGAGGUUAGUGCAAUUGAAGAAAGACUGCUUAACCCCAAACCAUCAUCGGUAGAUCGCAACCCCCAAAAACAACAGCGCAGCAACAUACCGAAGGUGGUGGUUGUCUCUGCUAGCGAGGAAGGUCACUCCGCGAAGGCGCAGCAAUCCAACCAAAAACCUGCAUCUUCCAACGCAUCGUUACAUGCACUAUUGAAGUUGCAGUUGAUGAAGUUAGAGGAGGAACGUGCUUUUGAGGAAGAGCAAGCCAGAAAACAUCGUGACUACCUGAAAGAGAAGUACGCAUUAUUGGAACAAAUGUCAAACCACACCUGCUCGAACCGCAGUGAAUCCAGCGGACGAGUGCAAAACUGGGUGGAAGAGGUCAACGGUUUUGUGAUUGCCGGGAAUCUAGCUGACGGUGCAACAGAACCAUUCAUUCCUAAAGGACAUUCUACUAUCAACGGUGGAAAAUCCGCAGCUGAACAUCACAAUGGCGGUGGCAGAAGUGAUAUGAAUAGUGCACACAGAAAUAAAAUCACCCACAACCCCCCCACAACGGAGUAUCACAAUUUACGCUCGCGUGGACCGCAGUUAGUGAAUCCGAACAGUACUCCACUAUAUGGUGAGAGAAGCUCGGAUCGCAUACCAGCCAAAGACUACCAGACUAGAGCCGGAACAUCCAUGCAUGCACUCCAAGGAGUUUGGAACAAUCAACCGAACCAGUCUGUGGCUCAUCAAAGCAACGCUUCGCAGUUUAAUAGCGUCGGCAAUCAUCCAUCACAGCUCCAACAACCUACAUGGCACAACACUUCUCCCCCCUCACACAUUCAACUGGCCUCUCGGCAAGCCGUAUCAAAAGAUCUUCCUCUCUUCUCCGGAAAUCCUGAGGACUGGCCGAUCUUCGUUUCAACUUUUGAAAGUACGACCGCAAUGUGCGGUUAUUCAAAUGAAGAAAAUAUGAUCCGACUACAAAGGUGCCUUAAAGGAAAGGCGUACGAGGCUGUUAAGAGUUGCUUAAUGCACCCGACAAACGUGACCAAUGUUAUGAACACACUAAGAGUGCUCUACGGUCAGCCUGAAGCAAUUAUUCACUCCCUGAUCGUGAAAAUAAACACAAUUCCAACGAUCAAAGAAGAUAAGCCAGAGCUGUUGGUUGACCUUGCUGUUAAAGUACAGAACUUCUGCGCAACUGUCGAUGCAUGUGGCCUAGAGGAUUAUAUGUAUAACGUCUCUCUUCUCCACCAACUGGUGAACAAACUGCCUGCGACAUUGAAACUGGAGUGGGCUCGACAUCGCUUAACUCUUCCAAGGGUCAACCUGGCGACAUUCGGAGAAUGGAUAUUUUCACUUGCGGAGGCUGCUAGUAUUUUAACAAUACCAACUGAACUGCAGCAACAUAGCCCAACAAAAACUUUUAUAAAUUCGUCAAAAAAGACCAGCACCUACUUACACACGCACUCCGAACUCCCUAUUGGAAAUGAAGAUGCUUCGAAAUCCAGCAAAGAAAGCUCUUGGAAGAAACCAACUAAUAACGACAACUGCCCAGUUUGCAAUGGGAAAUGUAAGUCAGUAUCGAACUGCAAGCGCUUCCUUCAGUUUUCUCGAGACGAUAGGUGGGCCGCCGUGAGGGAAUUCACACUAUGUCGUCGAUGUCUCUCUCGUCACGAAGGAAAAUGCGAUACGAAACCGUGUGGAAAAGCUGGUUGCACCUUUUACCAUCACGAGUUGCUCCAUAACGACAAGAAAUCCCAAAACUAUACAUCGAAUAACUCUACACCUACAGUGCACCCUGGCACUUCACCGGCCGGACCCAGCAAUGUACAUGGGUGCAACACACAUCAGUCGGCUCCAAACGCUGUACUGUUCCGCUAUCUUCCGGUUACUCUGUACGGAAAUGGGAAAUCUACCCGAACGUACGCCUUUCUGGACGAAGGUUCAGCCAUUACUCUGAUAGAUCAAGAGCUAGCUGAUCAACUGGAGCUGGAGGGUCCGAUCAAUCCACUCUGCUUGCGGUGGACAGGAGGUACCGAACGAAACGAGACGAGCUCGCGCACAGUAAACGUGAAAAUUGCUGGAAUUCAGGCACCUGCUAAACAAUUUCAACUCAAUGGAGUUCGCACAGUAAAAGAGCUGAUGCUGCCGUUCCAGUCUCUUAAUAUGGAGGAGAUAGCCCUACAAUAUCCGCACUGCCUGAAUCUGCCUAUCGAGUCUUAUUCAAAUGUGCGCCCUCGGAUUCUUAUCGGUCUAAAGCACGCUCGAGUGAGCCUAGUGCUGAAAAGCAAGGAAGGAAGCCUGGACCAACCUAUCGCCGUCAAAACUAGACUGGGAUGGACAAUCUGUGGAGGAUGCGGCACUAAUGAUACAUCAAACUUCGUUCACUACGCCUUCCACGUCUGUGAAUGCAGGCAUCAAACUGACGAAGAUGUACACCAAAUGGUCAAGGAAUAUUUUGCCAUAGACAGUCUUGGCAUCAUGAAAUUAAAUAAAGAUCCGCUAUCAACAGAAGACCAAAGAGCCAUCUCACUCCUUCAAACACUGACUAAGUACAACGGAGAACGAUAUGAGACCGGCCUACUUUGGCGUUACGAUGGCGUCCGCUUACCAGAUAGCAAGGAAAUGGCUCUGCGCAGAUACCUGAGCCUCGAGAAGCGAAUGCAGAAAAGUCCAGAGCUGGGCAAUGCUCUGCAGAAGCUAAUGUCUGAGUACUUGGCUAAAGGGUAUGUGCGCAAACUGUCGGAGAAGGAACUUAACAGGCCUUACCCAAGGGUGUGGUAUUUGCCAAUAUUCCCCGUUUUUAACCCCAAUAAACCGGGUAAAAUUAGAAUUGUAUGGGACGGAGCCGCAAAGUCUUUUGGAGUGUCUCUAAAUUCAGCGCUGCUUACAGGUCCCGAUCAGCUAUGCUCUCUAUUCGCAAUACUGCUGCAAUUCCGCGAAUUUCGUGUAGGUCUCACGGGCGACAUCAAGGAAAUGUUCCACCAGAUUCGCAUGCGUGAGGAAGACCAACAAUGUCUACGAUUCUUCUGGAAAGACGAGGCUGGUGACACUCAGAUCUACGUAAUGAAUGUGAUGUCGUUUGGCGCUAGCUGCUCCCCGGCCAGUGCUCAGUACGUGAAGAACAUCAACGCAGAUAGAUUCAUAGAAGAGUUUCCAGAGGCCGUUGAAGUUAUUAAGAAGCGACACUACGUGGAUGAUGCGAUGUUCAGUGUCGAAACACCUGAGCAUGCAAUUCGCCUGGCGCAAGAAGUCAGACAGCUACACUCUGCCGGUGGAUUUGAGGUAAGAAACUGGGUGAGCAACUCUCAACAAGUGCUAGCCGUGUUAAACGAAAGCAAUACGUCGGAGAAAAAUAUGGACCUGUCGGCUGGGCCAAUGGCUACAGAAAAGGUGCUAGGAAUGUGGUGGUGCACAUCAUCGGACGAAUUUGUGUACAAAAUUGGAUGGAAUCGUUAUAACCCUGAUCUGCUCACUGGCCGUCGUCGACCCACAAAGCGCCAAAUGCUCCAGGUCCUAAUGACGAUUUUUGAUCCUCUUGGGUUAAUCGCACACUUUCUCAUGUAUUUGAAAGUCCUUUUACAAGAAGUCUGGCGUGCAAACGUACAAUGGGAUGAAGAAAUUCCCAAUCCCUUGUUCGAGAAAUGGAGAACAUGGCUACUAGUCUUGCCUAAGGUAGAAAGCGUUAGAAUCCCACGGUGUCUUCGUACUUCGACGAUUCCCAGCGACUGCGAAGUACAACUGCAUCUUUUCGUAGAUGCAAGCGAAAAUGGAAUAGCCGCCGCUUCGUUUCUACGAUUUGAACGCGAAGGCCGUGUCUGCUGCUCUUUAGUUGCCGCAAAAACCAGGGUAGCUCCUUUGAGGUAUCACUCCAUCCCGCGACUAGAAUUGCAGGCCGCCCUUAUAGGAGCUAGACUAGCACGAACAGUAACACAAUCCCUUUCAACUCAGGAUCAUUGCAAAUCCUACUGGACUGACUCUCGCGAUGUCCUCAGCUGGAUUAACUCAGACCACCGUCGUUAUAGCACGUUUGUGGCGUGUCGAGUUAGCGAAAUUCUCGACCUCACAGAAGCACCUGAUUGGCGUUGGGUGCCGUCCAAACUGAAUGUAGCAGAUGACGGCACCAAGUGGGAGACGGAGCCAAAUAUGACCCAAGAAUCCAGAUGGUUUAGAGGCCCAGAAUUUCUCUACCUCAGUGAAAAGGAAUGGCCCAAGGAUUCCUCGAAGUCAACGCAUACAGACAAUGAACUGCGACCUUCUUUCAUGGCACAUCAUUACUCCCCUAAAACCACCCUCGUUAUCUCAGCCUUUCUGGGCUGGAGUGGGCUACGCAAUGCGGUAGCUUACGCCCAGCGCUUUAUCGCAAACUGCAAACGCAAGCAAAAUAAAAAGCCCAAAUUAAAAGGGCCACUGUCCAGAGAUGAACUCUACGCAGCUGAAGGUUUUCUGUUCCGUUUAGCUCAGCAAGAAGGUUACACCGAUGAGAUGAUCAUACUAACCAAUAAUCGCAGUGACCAAACAAAGACACUCCCGAGAAGCAGCCCACUUUAUAAAUUGUCACCAUGGAUUGACGAUCGCGGAGUGAUGCGGAUGCGCAGUCGAAUAUCCGCCUGUCACUAUGCCACCGAAGAAACUAAGAGCCCAGUAAUUCUCCCGAAACACCCUGUGACCACCCUGAUAAUUACCCACUAUCAUGAAAAAUUUCACCAUCAGAACCACGCAGCCAUAGUGAACGAACUGCGUCAACGAUUCGUGAUUCCUCGCAUUCGCGUUCAGUAUACGGCUGCAAGAAAGAGCUGCCAGCGAUGUAAAAAUGAAUCCGCGAUCCCCCAACCUCCAAUCAUGGCAGACCUUCCAGAGGAACGACUUGCUGCCUACACACUGCCCUUCACCCACGUUGGGGUGGACUACUUUGGUCCCAUGGAAGUUGUAAUCGGAAGAAGAGCGGAGAAGAGGUGGGGAAUGAUCGUUGUGUGUCAAACAACACGAGCAAUCCACAUUGAGUUAGUGAACUCGCUGAGCACCGAUUCGUGCAUAAUCGCGCUGCGAAACUUUAUGAGCCGACGCGGAACUCCCAGGACCAUUCGGAGCGACCGGGGAACCAACUUUAUUGGUGCAAGUCGAGAACUCAAAAAGCUGUAUGAGACAGUUGAUUACGACAAGGUCAUUAAAAAAUUCGUAACCGCCGAGACUAGUUGGCAUUUCAAUCCGCCUCUGGCUGCUCAUAUGGGUGGUAGUUGGGAGCGCCUAAUUCGAAGUGUGAAGAAAAACCUGACUGCCAUUUCCCCUUCACGGAAACUGUCCGAAGAAGUACUGAGAAGCCUGCUCAUGGAAGUCGAAAUGACGCUUAACUCUCGACCGCUUACGUAUGUGCCAAUCGACAAUGAAUCGUCACCCGCACUUACGCCCAACCAUUUUCUGUUGGGUUCCUCCGACGGCACGAAGCCAUUCACCUUAUUGGAUGACAGCGGAGUUUUCCUCAAGCAAAACUGGCGUACAUCUCAAGCAUUGGCCAACCAGUUCUGGAAGCGCUGGUUAUCCGACUACCUACCUGAAAUUACCAAACGGACAAAAUGGUACGUCGAUUCGAAGCCGAUUGCUCUAGACGACGUGGUGGUUAUCGUAGAUCCCAACCUGCCUAGAAACUGUUGGCCGAAAGGUAGGGUCAUUGCUACACACCCUAGCAAAGACGGUCGUAUCCGAUCAGCUACAGUAAAAACAAGAAGUGGCAUCUAUAAUCGACCCGUGACUAAACUGGCGGUUCUGGACGUUCGAUGCGGAGAGGAGCAAACCUACCAGAGGAAUGGUUUACCCGGGGGGAGUGUUGGCCAUCCCUAGCUGGCCGCGCACUCACGAUCCAGUGUGCCCCUCGAUUGAUCGAGCGAGAUCGAUUUAACACGAUCGCUUGUGACGGAUGACUGACAAGACGGUAGGUCUGUCAUCGGCUGGGUAAGUGACAAUAGAGAGUAACAAUCUAAAAGCCGAUAUAACGUGUGCUUGCAGCUCUACCACGAAAUAUAUUGUUCUUACUAUUACUAUUACUAAUACUAUUACCUAAAUACUUGCGUGAAAUUAAACAUCUAAAUACUUAAAACUAAUUAGAUUAAACUUACCUAAGUGCUUAUAGAGAUAGCCAACCUUAAACAUAACCUAGAAGAAUCUCUGUUAUCUGAUUCUAAAAAUACGGUUAAAAUUAUAAGAGGGACUAAACGUGAGUACAACUAAACUUAAUAGCCUAAUGAUCACCUUAUUAAAAAUUAAAAUCUUCACCAAUAAACAUCAGAUAGAAAUAAAAUGAAAACUUAUGUAGAUUUAGGUUAUACACGAUACACAGUUAAACAGAUUUAAAUAGGCAACAAUGUACUACAAUAUGCUAUUUAUUUCAGGAAAAUUAUAAUAUCCCCGAGACAUCGUAAGACUACGUGUUUUUGAUAUUA